CAACUCAACCACCUUAUUCAAGACCUGCGAGGUAACCCCUUUCACUUUCUCCGUGGGCUUUUGGGUUGCAUUGUUUGACAGUCAACUCCUCGGAAGAUGGCCAAGAAGAGUAAACUUCUCGCGGCUCUAGACCGACACAAGGGACGGGACUACGAAGCCGAGAAGAGGCAGAAACUUGUCAAAACGGCAGAGAAGCGCAAGCGGCAGAAGGUCCAGGAAAAAGGAGAAGAAGUUGGCGAUUCAGAAGAGAGUGGACCAGAAGAUGAGACCGAUGGUGCAAAGCUUGAAGAGGACAAGGAGAAUUUCGUAUCCUUCUCUGACCAAGAAGAAGAAAACGCUGCGGCCAACGGUGCAAGUACCGCAUCUACUACCAUCCCUCAACCUCCCCUCCCGGGUGACGCCUCGGCGUCGGAAGUAGAAGAAGAAGAUGAUGAAUCCGACGUCCCCCUCUCCGAUCUCGAAGACGAAGACCUCGAAGACACGAUCCCACACCAACGCCUGACGAUCAACAACGGGCCCGCCCUGAUUGCGUCGACGAAGCGUGUCGCGCUGGUCAAGAAGCCCGGUGCUACAUCUUUCUACGUGCACAACUCCCUGAUCUCCCAACUCCCGCCGACGGAAUCCUCGGUCCCGGACCCGAACGACGACCUCACCCGCGAGCUGGAGUUCUACCGCAUCGCCCGCGACGCCGCCGCCGAGGGGCGCUCCCUGCUCAAGAAGGAGCGGAUCCCCUUCACCCGGCCGACCGACUACUUCGCCGAGAUGGUCAAGUCGGACGAACACAUGGGCCGCGUGAAGAAGAAGAUGUACGACGACGCCGCCUCCAAGAAGGCGGCGGAGGAGGCACGCAAACUACGGGACGCGAAGAAGUUCGGCAAGGCCGUCCAAGUGGCAAAGGAGCAGGAGCGGGCAAAGGAGAAGAGGAACACACUCGAUAAGAUCAAGGAGUUGAAGAGAAAACGAAAAGGACAAGAUACAGGCAAAGUCGUCGAGGACAAUGACCUCUUCCAGAGCAUUGACGUAGACAGCGCACCUACAAAGGACCGCGCCGGCCGCGAGCGAGGCUCAGGACCAAACGGCGGAGCGCCAAACAAGAGACAGAAGCGGGAUCAGAAGUUUGGCUUCGGAGGCAAGAAGAGGUUCACCAAGAGCGGCGAUGCCAUGAGCAGUGGAGACAUGCGAGGAUUCUCGGCGAGCAAGAUGAAAGGAAAACCUAAACGGCCAGGCAAGAGCAGGAGAGCCGCGGGACGAUAAUAAUAACGCAAUGCCAUUACAACACCGCGCAUCGAAGCACGAACCAUAAUGAUAUGUCCAUUCGAAGGUCUCGAGAGUCGAAACAACUACAAGGUGUUUUCAUGGUCUUCCUUACCAUCCUAAAAUGCAAGAAGGGGGUAUCACAGUUACAGAAUGCACCCACGAGGCCCUACACCAACCUCCCUCAGGACACCACCGUUUUAUGUACAGUCAUGCCACCCAUUGUCCCAGGAAGGACUGCAAAUGUCCUAUCUGGUACUGUCUCCCCACUCGCUUGGCUUCCUGAGAUACCAGAUCGAGCAUCUCCUGAGCUUCAGGUCCGGGAGGGAGCUCGGGCAACGCAUCUGGAUCGUAGUGACCAUUUAGCUGACGACUAGGACUGUCCUCACGACUUCCUGCCGAGUCUGCAGUGGUUUCUCGCAGGCGACUAGGGAGUAAGGGUGCCUGUCGCCUAGCCAUCGGCGAUGUUGAGAUGGGGACAUCACUCAUUUCCUCGUCUUCAUCUACGGAGUCGGGAACACCUCUUGCGCGUUUGUGCGCCUUGCUGGCGCCGCUGGGACGGAGGACAGAUUUCAUACGAUGGCGCUGUUUGGCUGAUUUGCCUGGCGUCCUCAUGGUUUCAUCAGCUACCUCGUCCGCAAGGGUGGCUUCUAGCUCGUCAUAGAUUCUGCGAGUAGACCAAUUGAACUUUUUGCGGAGUUUGGCUUCGUCCAUGAGUCUGAGCAAUUGUGAUGCAGAAUGUUCAAAGGCGGCCACGGC